GCACCCAGCCCAGCCAACUCACCCCAGACCCGCCCUGGAUGCCGGUGUUCCUCCCGGAGAAGGUGACGCUGACCUGCCAGGGCUCCGGCGCGCCCGGCCCCACCGACUGGUACAUCAACAAGCAGCUCUGGUGGCGGGCAGGGUCACACCACCUCCAGGUCUCCAAAAACAACCCCGGGGGCAGCACCUACGAGUGCCGCGGCCCCGGCGCCGGGCUCAGCCCUCCCGUCACCCUGAGCUUCUCAAAUGACUGGCUGGUGCUGCAGGUGCCAGCGCAGGCACUGCUGGAGGGGGACGCGCUGCUGCUGCGCUGCCGGGCCUGGAAGGACACGAGGGUCACCCAAGUGCAGUUCUUCCGCGAGCAGGAGGCCACCGUGGGCCACAUCUUUCCGGAGAGGUACAAAUCGGCGCCGGUGACGGUGGCGGUGCAAG